AUGGUAAGCAGUGGGGAACUCGCGGCGGCCAUUCGGCCUGUUUUGAAAGAGUGGGUCGAGCGCAAACUAGGCCCACUCACGUGUCACCUGACGCAGCUCAUGAUCGGUCACGGCUGCUUCGCCAAAUACUUGUGCGAAGUGGUCGGUAGAGAGCCGUCGGUGGUAUGCCACCACUGCGACGACGGAGCCGUGGACACGGCCGAGCACACGAGCGCAGAUUGCUCAGCUUGGGCGGAGACUCGCACAGCCCUGUCCACGGCCUUUGACGGAGACAUCUCGCUUCCCGCUUUAGUCCGAAAGAUGGUCGCGAGUGAAGAAGCGUGGGCGGCAUUACGGGUUUUCAGCGAAGCCGUAAUAUCCGCAAAGGAGGCGGCGGAGCGACAGCGGGAGGAUGACACCAACUCCCUCCCGCUGCGUCGACGGCGCCGCGACCAUCUAGGCCGGAUGCUUUGA